CACACACGGAACCAACGCAAAAUACUAAGUGCUUUCCUGCGGGUCCGUAUUUUUCGACUUCUCGAUUAUUUACACUAGCCCUCAAUAUUGUGAAUUUUCUGUCCUUUCGAAUUUUGCUAUCUGUUGGUAAUAUGUGCGUAAAAGAAAAAUGGCGUGUCCUGCCCAAAUUUUCCGGGAUCUGACCCUGAAUUUUCCGAAGAACCGGGCCACAGUGCCUAUCAGUCCGUCUGUUUGGAAGACGAACCGCAAAACCUUGUAGUUCAACCGCGUGCGCCGCACAUCGUUGAGCGCGAUCUGUCCUUUUCUGGUGGUAGUUGUGAGAAUGGAUUUCAACUUCUUGUUGCCUCCGAUAGGCGACCGCAUACAGGAAGAUCUGCAAUCCCUGCAGGAUGAUCUCGUGAAUGGCGCCGAGGAAAGCGUGAGGUUGGACCUCCGUGGCACGAACUGCUAUGGCAUUGAGCGGGCGAUCGACGUAGAGGACCAGCAGACCUUUUUUGCGGCACUUGCGCAGAACGCAAAGCUGCCGCACCCCACGCAGCCAGGUGACGAAGUUCGACCAAUCCGACAUUUGCAACUUCUCCUGACGCCGGAUGACUUCCACAAGACCUCCCCGCAGGCAAGAUUCGACAGCAGCAUCAUGAGAACCUAUUUGGCCGAGUUUUUUCAGCACGUGCGGUCUUUGGAGAGUUUGGAAGUUUUCUUCGACGGGACACACAAAGUAUCCUGUGCAAAUAUGCAUGGGUCUCGAAAUUUGUGAUGCUAGUUUGUGAUUGGUGGGCACACUGCAAUACCCAGCUACGCAUGACAAUUUUUUGAGCUCCUCUCUGUUUCGCUUUUCGCAUGACAAAUUGCGUUUUUGCAUGACAGGUAAUAGGCGUUUUUUCUGCUUCUGCAUUACAGAUUUAAGGGGCAUGUAAACCAAGCAUGACAAACUUACAUUCUUCCAGACCCGGACAUAUUUGCAUUGAAUACGAAGACUCAAUCAGCGAUUGUGUGUGGACCCCGCUGUCCGUGAACGAGCGAGUGCGAGAGACGCUCAAGUUUCUCUCCGUCGUCGGCGGCAAUCAGGCAGGACUUCGGGCGGCGUUGCCCAAGUUUCAGCGUUUGGAGGAACUGUGGGUGUUCGACUGGACGAAUGAGAUCACCUAUGUCGACAGAAAAAUGUGCUGCGUCCCCUGUCGUUUUACAGCGUUCCACACUGAGGCUCAUCUAGAAACUAGGACAUCUCAAAUAAAGAAGCAACACAAACACUUUUGCAUGACUAUAAUACGUUUGACGCAAAACAAAGAAACUUCAUUUGCAUUGCAGAAGAAUUCGAUUUCUUCUCGUGACUUUCCCUGCCCGGUGAUAUUCGGACUUAAUCAAAUGUAAGAGGCUGCGCAACAAUUGGACCCCCUUUCGCCAUGGCGAAAGGGGGGGUAGCGGCCCGCUGGAGACCAACCUCCCCCCUCCCCCCCCCCCUUUCGCCGGGAGCCGUGCGCAGUAAAAAAAAUUGCGGGACGCGUGCCCGCUGCGAGCGGGCCUUGGGUUGCGUCCUGUGCUCGUCCUCGUGCUGCCGGAAUUGAAAAAAAAUUCGCGCUGCGCGCGCCCCCUGCUAUGUUCCUUUUAUGUGUCGCUCCUGCGCGCGCGUAAUGUAGCAAAUUUUGCGGGCCGCGCUGCGCGCGCCCGGUGCGGCUACGUUCGCAUCGCACUGCAACAUGCCUACAUCUGUAGUCGCCGGCCCUGACAGCGCGCGCAUGCCUCCCUCCCCGCCUCCGCCAGCGCCUCACAACAAGGGGCAAAAAAAAACUUCGGGCGCACGCACAAGCACCCCCGAGCAGCACGCGGAGCCCGGGGCCAACACAUGGCUGGGGCGUCUGCAAUCGGCCCGAUGCGACUUCCUGCUCGGAAUGCGAAAAAAAAACAGCGUGGGCGCGCGCCCUCCUGGUCCUGCGCGCGCUCACAUGUUACGGCGCGCCGGGUUCGGAGCGCGCCCAUAGAUAGCAGGCGUUUGGCUUCGGCCUCGUUGCGUAGUGCGCGUGCCUGUGCGCCUACUGCCAACCAGCCAACAACUGGCCGCCCCUUGCGAAGGCGCCACACGAAGAAGAGCCGCCGGGCGUUCGACAGACAGUCUGUUGUGAGGCGAGACCGCCGGGAGCACCUUGCACCCUUGCGUCGGGGUGCCCGCUCCCGUCCUCCGGAAUCGGACCAACCUACCCCCCCCCCUUUCGCCUUGGCGAAAGGGGGUCCAAUUGUUGCACAGCCUCUAAAUGUAUCUCAGAAAGUGCGGCAGAGCGCAACACGAAGGAGGACCAGAACAGCUUGCUUUGCUGCAUAACGCGCAAAAACAUCAGUUUGGCGCAGUUCGGUACGGCGGUCCGGAGCGCCUGCGGUCCGGGGAAGCGAAACCACUCGGCGACGACACUUUGGCUACGAUUCAGGAGUUUUUGCAUGCUGUUAUCGACGACAACAUUUUCCGAACCACAUUUGCAGAAAAUUGCCUGCGCGCACUCAGGCACAUAUAACCUUGUUGUUGGAAUUAGCAUGGUCCUUUUUCCAUUUUGUCAUGAUGAGGAAAUUCGCGCAAAUUUUCGCUUCGACAAGAUAUUCUCCUUUUCUGAAUUUUGCACUUCGUACAGCAACAAGACUGGACGUCUCCGCACAACGCAACAAAAACGUCGCUUGCAAGUAGGGCGAGGAAAAUCUUUUCCCACCGAUGACGCGGCCUGAAAACUUGCACACGCUCACUGUAACGCCGGCUGUACUGCAUUCCCUCCGAGACGCCAUUGCCGCGUCAGCAGCGCCAAUUUACCGCAUCAGAAUCUGGGGCAUUUUCGAGGACCGGCCACAGAAUCUGCAGUACCGCGACGCGACCUUUCAGUACUACGAAGAACACAAGAGAAAAAACGCACGCACCGCUGAGAAGCCUGAUCUCACCGUGUACCAGCAGGCUUUGCUGGAUUUGAAAUAUAUUGUCGCGAACAAGGCAUCCGCUGACGACCAGCCCCCCUUGUUCGACGUAUGGUUUAUGUUCGGAGGGUUCACCACCGGUAUCUUGGUCAAAAUCUUCCCCUACGUCACGCACUGCAAACAGCAUCAAGCAUUGCAGUGUUAGCAUGGAAGCAAAUUGAUUUGGUAAUGAGGAGGAAGGGAAACUCGCUGGACUUGUCGAGUGGCCCUGACAUCCCUCAUUAUUUUUGCAACAGCAGGUGAAAGUAGCCUAAAAACAGAAAAAAGUUUGUUAGCCGUGCCUCCAGGACGCAGGAAGACCGUAGCAAUAGCAGAUUUUUGGAGCUUGAUUGGUCGUGGAGUUGUACUGGGAUUUUUUUCAUUGGGAUACCACACGAAGAACCUACCCUGCUGGAUGAUUUCCUGCGAAUUGAAAACCUCCCAAUGUUGGAGAAGAUAGCUUUCGCUCGAUUCUCCGCCACAAAGACGCUGGCCUUGCAGAAUGGAAAUUCACACACCGUGUCUGAGUUCAACGUCCUGCCGCUACCGUGGCAAGGAGAGGCUGCUGUCGCAGCAGCGAGGCGCCUGCGCGAGCAUUUCGGGUCGGAGCCCGCACUGCCAUUGAAGCUAGACCUCUUCGGUGGAGAUAUGCCGUUAAAAUAUGCGUGGGCGACAAGCCCCGAGUUGGCGGCGACGAUGCUGGUGGACCCGGCGUCAUCGCCACUGCGACGAGAGAAUGGCCCGGACCGAGGGUUUUCGGAUGUGGAAUAAAACCAGUACUGAUUUGAUAUAAACACUUUACCUGUACACAAAAACAAAACAUCAUAUUACGGUGGCCGCCACAAGUACUGUCUCAAAAUGGAACUUCGUGGAACGCGUAGCCCCGAAGCGAAGAUAAGUGGCGCAUUUGAUAGGCCGUUCUUUCGAGACGGCUACUUUCUUCACAAAUCAGAGAGCAUAUGUCCAAGAGCUGAAAGAAGAAGAACACCCCUCAUGUUUUUGUCGCUUACUGAAAAUCUUACUUUCGACGAAUCACGCUGCUGUACGCGAUUCUCGAAACAUUGAACGGGACUUGUGCACUUCAUUGUUU